AGUUUGAUGGAUAUUGGAGAUAAAUAAGGAGUCUGAUCGAUAUCAUUUACAAGCUUCAUAAGGUAAUUCACAUAGCUGACGACUAGAAGCUAAAGUACAAUAUCAGGUCGGCACACAACUUUUAAUCUCAGGUUAUUUUCCGGAAGUUGUACAUUUAAUCUUCCAACAUGGCCAAUUUUGUUGAAAGAAGAGCAUUCAACCUUAUGGGAAUCUUCGAUGGACUUGGCGAGUACUUGAAUACCGGUGAUCCCAUCGUUCGGGAAUGGUUCUUGAUAAAGAGCAACUUCUGGCCCAUUUUCCUAUGUUCCAUGUACCUGCUUACUAUCAAAGUGAUUGGUCCAUCUUUUAUGAGAGACCGAAAGCCAUUUGAACUCAGGAAGACCAUGAUGGUUUAUAAUCUUUUUCUCGUCGCCGCUUACGCUACCUGUGUGUCCAUAGUCAUUUAUCUUAUGAAAAAUACCGAUCAUAUGGUGCUUUGUAAAAACACCGUUGUUACAAGAGAGAAUUCUACAUACACGAUGGCAACAUGCGGAUGGGUGAUAUAUCUUUUGAAGUACAUAGAAUUUCUGGACACGAUAUUCUUCGUCCUCAGAAAGAAAGAUAACUUGAUCACAAACCUUCAUGUGAUUCAUCACUUUACGCUUCCCCUUUGCGGAUGGAUCUUCUUCAGAACAGAAAGAAGUGGUUUCCAGGCUUAUCCAAUCAUUAUCAAUUCCAUUGUCCACAUUGUGAUGUACAGUUAUUACGGACUUGCUGCCAUGGGACCCAGCGUCAGAAAGUACUUGUGGUGGAAACGAUACCUCACCAUUGCUCAAAUGAUCCAGUUCAUCCUGAUUAUACUUUUUGUCACCGUGGUAAUGCCAAUUACAGGCUGUACUGCAGCAAAAACUAGUGUCUACAUUAACGUUAUUUGCGCUGGUUUAUUCUUCGUUCUAUUCUACAAUUUCUACCAGAAUUCCUUCAAGGCAACCUCACCAAAAGUGAACGGAGUUUCUCAAAAAGAAGAGAUUGCAGAAAAAUGUUCCAGCCACACCAAUGGUAAUAUUGCAAAUGGUGUGGGAUCGAAAGUGAAAUGCAACUAGUAUUAUUCUACACGCAUGGCCACUUUACUCAAUGGUGCUCGUGUUUUCUUUUUCUUUUCUUUCUUUUUUACAAAGUGCCUUUGAAACGAAGGUCUCUGAAACUGUUUACCGGUGUCGUCGAAAUGGGACUACGCUGCAUUUAUAUAUAUAUAUAUAUAUAUGUAUUUUUUGUGUGUGUAUGAAAGAAAAGGUUGCCAAAUCAAAAGUUUGGAUUCUUUUAUAGUAGUACAGCCAUAAUACGGUAAAUGAUAAAACUUCAAACUGUAACAGCUUUAAAACUGAUCUUAAACAUUUCUUUCCAACUUGGCCAUCAGAAGAACCAGAGUAAAAUGUAUUUUGGUCUCAUUUCUGACUCUCCCGGUGACACGUUGAUUUGAGUGUCCGGAUGCUCUUCAGAAACAGUAUUUAUUAAUGAAAUAAUAUUAUUUUAUAACGAUUUGCUACUUAAUUUUAAUUUUAUAUGUUUCCUUAUUGAUUGCAAUGUAUGUUUAUUCUUUCCUUCGUGGUUCUGUCAUGUUCAGUUUUAGCAUACACACAGCAUUUUAAAUUUAUAUUAAAUAUUUUUGUUUAUAUAAUAUAAAUAAAAAUGUAAUAUGAACGGAAAUAAUAAUAUCAAUAAAAAUGCAAAGAACCAAAUGGUUUAGUAAUUGUUUUGCACCUUUUGUAUCAAAACUUGUUUUUUACAUAAACAUAAUCUUCCUAGCUUUAUUCACGUCUUGCUUGACGUUAAAAUAACUUCAUCUUUACAGUUUGUUUUUUACCCGGUGUUAGCACUUAACUCUUUCGCAUCGAGAAAGGGCAAAAUAUCAAUUCCCCAAACAUCGAAAACGCCCGUAUCUAAGAAUUUCUCCUGGAAUGCUUUUACUUCCCCCAUGACAAAUUCAACUUGUUAAUAGCCUUACUUAAGUAAAGCGUUAAAUAGCCUUACUUAAGUAAAGCGAGAACUUUUUUCUUCGACGCUUUGACACUGUGUGAAGUUGCCCCUUGGGACGGGAUUGCAACUUCGGGCAUCAAAAGC